UGAAUUUAAGUGCUCAUACAGUUGCGCAAGUGUAUGAACGCCAUAUUUUGUGUAGUGUGAGUUUUCCCGAUGGUUUAUUGGAAAAAAAACUCGCAUUUUUCAUAGUAGAGGUUGGCAGACGACCUCGUAGGUAUUUGAUUUCGUACAUGUGCAUGUAAGGACAUUGCUUUGCAUAGCUGAAGAAAUUACAGCUUUCCACAAAUUUUGUUCUUAUUGAAAUCUGGGCGUACGAAAUGGCGGAGUUCUCACGAAAUGAAUCAAUGGUAACAGGGAACAUGUUUCAUUCACUAAAAAACAGUAGCACCAUCAGAAGCAGGCCUGCAUGCAAUUACCUGGCACAUGAGUGCAGUGGGCAGCGUGUAGAAGGCUAUGACUAUUGUGUCAGGCACAUCCUGGAAGACAAGACUGCCCCAUAUCGGCUCUGUGGCUAUGUAUAUUCAGGCAAUGGGCGCCGAUGCAUUAUGCCUACCCCAAAGGGAGACAAACGAGAAUCUGGAUUCUGUGCAGAACAUGCUCGUAAAGCACAACUAGCUAGGCAGAAAUCAUCACGGAGACAUAUACCACCACCAAGUUCUGAGUCUCUUCUUCUUAGCCUCUCACACUACAGCAAGACAGAAUACAACUCUGGAGCUGUAGCAUCUGGUGGUGGUUCAAGGAAAUCAGUGGACAAUGGCAAAAGAUUCAUGGGAGCAGGGAAUGGGAAUGCAGGUAGUCAGCUGGACACUGGUCAGAGCAGCCUGGAUGUGAAGGAAAGUGACACACAGGAGGAUGCUCAGGACUUUGUCACCAAGGCCCUCAACCCUUAUGUGGACAUGGAUGCACUUAAGGUCAAUAGUGCAGCAAGUCGAAUCCUGGAUUAUGCCAGUGAAUCUGACAGUGAUGUAGAAGUUACUGUACAGGGUGAAACAGCAGAAAAUGCCUCAUCAGAUGCUGAAAGUGUUGAUAGUCACAUGGAAGAUCCCUUCAAACAUGCUGGUGUGUACACAACCGAGGAGGUGACGUUAGUGACAAGGGACAAACUGAUCCGACUGCAGUCUCUGUAUAUAGAGCAAUUCCGUCGUUUGCAACAUGUACUGAAGGAAAGGCGGAGGCGCUACCUGCAUGCCUUGAAGCGUGAAAAAGAGACACUUUCAAGCAUCUACAACCAGAGUCGAGAGUCUGUGCGAGAACAGAAAUUGUAUGAGAAGUUGCGCUCACUGAACCACUAUCAUAAGAGAAGUGGAGUUGAAGCAGUGCUUCACAAGAAAGCCUUGGAACGGAGAGCUCACGCUACUGAGGGUGUCAAUAUUCGGCCAGCACCAACAGCCAAGUGCGUCUUCACUGAAGGUGGUGUGAAAUGUGGAGAACGCACACUGCCAGUCGCGAAACACUGCCUGAAGCAUAUCCUUGAGGACACCCACCAAGUCCUCUUUCGCCCUUGUGGUUGUCGGAGAGCAGACUUUGUGUGUCGAGAACCAGUACCUAAUAUCUUGGAAGGAGCGUCAUGUGUGUAUCAUACCAACCUUCCCCUACCACCUCCUCCACUGCCAGCAGCUAACUUGGGUCUGAAGAUUGAUGACAGUGGAGGAGAGGAAGCUAUGGAAACCUCACUUUCUCAUGAGAAUGAUUCAGAAGUUGAAAUUAGCAGAAUGUCAUCAUCAUCCACCCAAGAUGCACAUCAGUUUGGCAACCACAUGACACCCAAACAGAACAUAAAUGAUCCAGGAAAAAUUGGUGAAUUGUCAUCCAUCAUUGAUAAGACUAUGGAUGGUGCAGCACAGAAAGCUCAAGAAAGUAAAGGAGAGUGUGAUGUGGAUGAUAUGACAGUUGGUGAAACUGAAGUAAUAACAAACAGUGAAACUGACAUGGUAGCCAACAGUACAUAGUUGUUUGUAAAAUUAAACUUUACUGCUUCAAGUUGAAUGAAAAUUUGUACUAAAACAAUAAACAUUGUCUUAUAAAUUAACUUAUUUGUAGACUUUGAAUAAAUUUUGCUAAUAAAUAUUUU